ACAUCGAGCCACGUUAUAAGCAAAGCGCAGACGACGUGGCAACAACAAGCGUGUAGCAUGCGUGGCAUUUCAGUCUUUCAAUGUCUUCGAGGAAGAAAUAAAGAGUUUAAAUAUCGUCUCUUGAGAUAAUCGUGUUCACUCGCAACGGACCUAGCCAAGCUGAAGUAGCACCAUAUUAUUGUGUACUGCGCUACUCUUGGAUUGUUUCCACGAGUUGCGAACUGACCGGGUGUCGCCACCGGUUCCAUUUUGCAUAGAAUGCCAAAGCGUCGCGUGCGAUCAAGCACCAGUUUACCUAUGAAUUCGAGCUGUUUCCUUUGCAAUAUAGAGAUUCCUGGGGACUCUAAAGAUCUCUUCGAACAUUUUCGUUCAGUUCACUUUAUAACUACAGAACCACCCAAGGAAAAUCCACAAUUUGAGCAGAGUCAAACACAGCAACAUUGCCAUGAUUUAGAAGAACUGACGUUUAGUGACAUAGCAAUGGAAUGUGAUAUUGAUUUACAGCUUGAUAAUGAUGUAUCAAGAUGGAGUUCAGAAGAUGUUGCAAGAAAACUCAGAAUGGAAGGUUUUGAUUCAUUAGUUGUUGAGCGGUUUAGAGAUGAAGAUAUUGAUGGACCGAGUCUUAUGACUCUUACCAGAGAGGACUUGAAUGAGCUUAAGCUGAAACUAGGCCACAAAAAGAAGAUGGAAAGAUUAAUUCAGGCUCUCCAAAAACCAGCUGCUGCACAAGAACCAUCUUUAGCUCCGGCUGCACCUGCACAACCUGCACAGCUCUCACAACCACAACAAAAUGCAACAACAGAAAGUUUUUCAGUCAUGGUGCAUCACCCAAUAUACACAACAUCACACAGCAUUCAAGAAUCAUCGUCCAAUAUUUCAGAAUCUCUAGUUAACAUUUCAGAAUCUCAAGCAAAUGUCUCAGUAUCUCCAACAAAUAUUUCAAUAUCUCCAACAACUAUUCCUAUAUAUUCAUCAAUUACUCCAGUAUCCACAGCAAUUGCUCCGGCGUGCACAGCCGUCGCCCCGGUAUCCACAGCUAUUACUCCUGUAUGCUCAGCCAUGGCUCCAGUGUCUACAACAGUUGUGCCAGUAUCUUCUACCAUUGUGCCAGUAUUUUCAGUGACUGUACCACCCUCACAAGAAUUUGUUUCGAUUCAACAACAGCCAACUGUGAUUUCAAAAGUACACAUGCAACAGCUUCCAAACAUUGACAGUUCCAGUUCACCGCAGAGAUCUGAAAAGACCAUGUUCAACGUUACGGAAAUGAUCCUUGCAAGUAGUAAAGGCAGAGCUGUUUACGAGGAAUAUUUGGCGCGUGACAAGGCUUUUCUUACAGUACCUGAACGCAGGACAAUCGUGUGUGUGGUGGUAGAGGCUAUGGUAAACGAAUAUGGGCUAUACCCAACCACGCAAGAAAAGGACAUGUUGGCAGCUGCUAUUAUCCAAGCAUUCCCUUGUUUAGGGAUUCGAGACGGAAACAGUCUCAUCCACAGCCACUACUACCACGCGAAAUCCGGAGGGUUCAUAGAGACAUUGCUGAAAACGAUGCGCAAGAAGCAGCCCGAAUGUCGCAAGAGGAAAAUCAGUAUGAAACAAAAAAUUCACAGGAAGAUUCCUCGAGGAUUUAUAGACGAAGUCGGGCCAGAAUUGGAAAUUGAGGAAAUUCAGAUGCACGAAUUUAUGGUUCGUUUGCUGAAAAGUCUAAUACCGACGUCGAGUAACGCUGAGCAAAUCAACGAUGCCAUGGAAUCGACGUAUCCAUUUCGACAGUAUCAAAUGAGGAGAAACUUGAAAACUCCAAGCCUUGUUCUGGCGGAGUAUCCCCGCAUGAUGGAUUUCAACAACGGACUCUUGAUAUACGACGAUUUUAGGAGGAAAUACCCUAUGGCUGGCGAAAUCGAGCAAAGUUUUGUAGAACCCUACGCCGAUCGACUUGUUCGUCUUGCCGAAAAAGAACUCGAAUCUCUUCCGUUUUGCAAUAACGAAUUCCUCCGGCUAUUGCUCAUUUGCAUUUUAGUAAUGCCAGAAAUUAAAAAAAUCCGCAAAAACUCAACUGAUGAAAAAAUUCAUCAACUUGUGAUAUUCGUAUCUGAGAAUCGCAAUCUUCAGGAAUUAGUAGCCCUCCGUUCACGAGACCAAACAAAGAGUUCACACCCGUACCUGGUAGGCGUCGGAACGAUGAGUGACCCAGUGUAUUUCAACCUGGUCAUCGAUGGCAACAUCAUUCCGUGUGGCGAUGAUUCCGUCACGGCCUUCAAGAAUCUGUUCGCGUCCUACUUUGUUUUCCAGCUGCAUUAUCCCGUUCUCAUCAAGCCUCUUUUGAAAUUUUUCGAAGAAAGAGUUUUUAGACUCACACCUACCAUGACUGCCACGACCGCCGAUUUCGUGGCGCGAUUAGAGUCUAUUCCGCGAUGAGAUUCGCACGACUGCAUACCUCGUUUACUGAUCUGACGCAGCGUUUUGUUAUUCCCGUGCUACGUAUUUUUUUUUUUUGUUGUCUAGUGAUCUUUAUGGCGCAUGAUUUCAUUUCCCGCCUAUUUUUAUUUGGUUAUAUCGAAGGAUAAACUAGACAAAUGUGAUUAAGAAAUAAGUGCCACUCACCACAGGAUUCGCUUAAUUGUGUGCAAAAUAUUUGUUGUGUUACAUUCGAUGAAGCCCUUGGAACAUUAUGUUUAACCUCAAUGUUUUACCUCAUUCCAUGAAAAAGAUAAUAAUAAAAAGUGACGUUUAAUGUGAUUGACAAGGUUCGCCUUUGAACAUUGCUGCGAGGCUAAGAGAAAGGAGCAUGAAUAGAUUACUCUAUAGUGCAGCCAUGUAACCUUGUCGUUUUCAUACCUCUCAUUUCGACUGUUGAAAUAAACUGAAUUUCCCAUUUGA